AACAGCAAAGUCACUUCACUGUUUUUCAAGAGAAACAGAAUUCACAGAUCCAGAAAAUCUACAGAACCCAGUUGUUCGAUCAGACUCCAGUAAUGGAUAGAUUUGGCACACUGAAGCUCUUUAUUGCUGCUUCACUGCUAGUUGGUGUGUGCCACUGCUGGUGGGUGUCCGUGGAUUCAGUCAAUGCCGUCAGGGGUAGCUGUGUGUUGGUGCCAUGCCGCACUGCGGCUUACAGUAAAGUCGCCUGGUACAAGUAUGCGAGAUGGGGAUACCCAACUGUGUACUCAAAUGAACGCAGUGAGAUAUUAAGUGAGUUUAGUGGAAGGACAUCAGUCCCAGGAUCUCGUUAUAGUGGAGACUGCAGUUUAAGGAUUAACAACGUCCAGGACAGUGACAGUGAGGAGGGCCUGUACGUAUGGGUCUGGGAUAGAGAUGGGUACAACCAAGGAUUUUAUGAAGAUCAUCAAAUCAUCAACAUAUAUGUCUGGGAUCCUACAGAGCCUGAAAUAUCUGUUGAAAGCAAACAAGUAGAGGGCAAGCCUUUCACUGCAACAUGCAAAUUCCGCCAUUCCUGCCGCUCGUCUCCACCACGGAUUUACUGGUACGGUGCGAGUCCCAUUUCUAAUGCGUUUACCAACACGAAGGACUGGGAGGAAUUUUGGGAAUCUCAGGCCACUGCUACAUUCAAUGUUACUCAGGACACAAGUCUCAGGUGCAAGAGCUCUCUCAGUGGAACAUCUUACUGGAGUACUUCAGUUUAUAUCAAUGUCUUGUAUGCACCCAGGAAUGUAAGAAUAGAAUACACAAGAAGAAGUCCUGUAGUCGAGGGUGACAAGAUCUCACUUCAAUGUACCAGCAACAGCAACCCUACAGUCACAGCCUAUGAGUGGGUCGUCAUCCAAAACACCACCACCACCCGCUACAGAGAAAAUCCUCUUGUCCUUCAAAAUGUCAGGAGAGACACGUCUGUCUCCUGCAGCGCCACUAACUCUGUUGGAACGGGCCGAUCACAACAGUUAUCUCUCAGUGUCAAUUAUGCUCCAACGGAUGUGACAGUAGAUUACACAGGAAGCAGCUCUGUGGUCGAGGGUGGCCAGAUCUCCUUUACAUGCACCAGCAUAAGCAGUCCUGCACCCACGCACUACAAGUGGCUCGUUUCCCCAAACAGCAUCACCUACAGCCCCAGUGGAAGUACUGUUGUCCUUCAAAAUGUCACAGGAGACACGUCUGUUUCCUGCAUUGCCACUAACUCUAUCGGACAGGGUGAAUCAAAGCAGUUGUCGCUCAAUAUCCAUUAUGCUCCAACGGAUGUGACAGUAGAUUACACAGGAAGCAGCUCUGUGGUCGAGGGUGGCCAGAUCUCCCUUACAUGCACCAGCAUAAGCAGUCCUGCACCCACGCACUACAAGUGGCUCGUUUCCCCAAACAGCAUCACCUACAGCCCCAGUGGAAGUACUGUUGUCCUUCAAAAUGUGACAAGAGACACGUCUGUUUCCUGCAUUGCCACUAACUCUAUCGGACAGGGUGAAUCAAAGCAGUUGUCGCUCAAUGUCCAUUCUCACAGGGAUGUGGAAGUAGAUUCCACACCAAACAGCCCUGUAGUUGAGGGUAACAAGAUCUCACUUCAGUGCACCAUCAAGGACCAUCUUGGAUCUACAGACUAUGAGUGGCUCGUUUCCCAAAACACCACCACCACCCGCUACAAAGGAAGUAACUUAGUCCUUGAAAAUGUCAGCAGAGACAACCGUUUCCUGCAUCGGUACCAAUUCCAGCAACUAUUGAUCAGUAUCUAUUUGACCAAUGGAGGGGAUAAAGAGGAGACAAAUGAGAGCCAUGAGGAAGACAAGUAGCCGAGCAACACAGCGCCGAGGUUGUGCAUGUGUGUUUAUGUGUGGACAUGCAUAGUGAAAAAUUUCUGACAAAAAAAAGUGUUCAAGUACAAUAAAAUGUCUGUACAAGUUUA